GCUCCCAUAAUAAUAAUAAAAUAAAAAAGAUGGGUUCAUCAGGGAAUGAUAAUAAGGUAUUCCUGGUGGUGGUUUUGCUCAUCAUCAUAUUUUAUCAUACUUGGGCUGCCGCCGGCGAGGGCUCCGGCGUACAGUGGCUUUGCAACCCUGACACCUUCUCCUACGACGAUCACCGGCUGGGUUGUGUAUAUGAUUUGCUGGAGAUAUUGAUGGGACCGGAGGUUACUCUGGAGGCCAGUGGAGGGUAUAAGAAUCAGGAUUGCGGCGACUCGACUAUCUACGGUUACAGCUGGGUCGAGGAGAACCGGAGUGGGUGCCUUAAUCAAGCUAAGGACGUGAUCGAGAACCAGCAUUGCCAUCACCGCAUGGGCGCUCAAGCGUGGAAUACUGAUUGUCUCUUGAGGUUUGAGCUUUACCCCUUUCAAGUCUGAUGGAUCGAUGUAUCAACUUCCCAAAUAAAUUUAGCAAUUUCUACCAAAAUUAAAUAAAUGGAGCAAACGCACGCGUAGCUCUAUUACUAGGUUAGUGUCCGAUUUUAACUUUGGGUAUAUUUCCCAAAAGGCCUAAACGAAACCGGACGACUCCAUUAGUAUACUAUUGUCCGCUUUGAGUCAAGACGACACGGUCUUACUUUUGGUUAUCCUUCCCAAAAAGUUUCGUACUAAUUGUACUAAGUGGACACUUAAUAUAUAAAAGUCUCUUCUCUCAUAUUUCUGAUAUGCUACUUGAAUGGUCUCAUAACACUUCAUAUUGGCCGGUGCCCUAAGAAUAAGAGAAUUCAAAUAUUAUACACUUGUGGACGCCAAACAUAAUUUUUUUUUAUAAUCAGCCAAACAUAAAAUUUGAUUGAACAAAUCACGUGAAUUCUUCUGCUUCUUAUUUUCUUUACGACGGUGUUUGAACAAAAUAAACAUUGGAUGUUUGAGUUCACCAAUAAAAAUCGAUAAGCAAAACCAAAUCCAAAAACAAAAACUUGAUAAUGUAUCUAAUUGGUUCGGUAUCGGUUAAAAACGAAAAUCCGAACUCGAAUGGAUACCCCUACUUGUUAGUGUUCGUCACUGAAAGAGCUUCGUUUACUAUGCUUAUAACCAUCGGUAUUUUUGUUUAAAAAAUUUAUAGUAUACAAACUGAAUUUGUACAUUUAUUGUUAUGGUAUAAAUUCAGUUUAUCUUU